AUGGAGCAGCUCCACUUUGGCUCCAGUGGAGCCCAAGUUCCAGCUCCACUGGAGCUGGAACUUGGGCGUGAGCCCGAGACAGGAGGGUCGUCUGGCUCCAGUUCAGAUGCAAGGAUCAAGGUCACAAUCGCUCGUCUCCAGCUGGAGGCACAGGAAAAGGAGAGGACAAAGUUCCUAUGUCACGCCCAGUGGGGUCUAGUUCUGGUCACCCUCCUGUUGAAAAGGUUGAAAAGGCUAGGGGUCCAUGGUCACCUCCCCGUGUACAUCCUGAGUGCUUCUACUGGUAUCCUGUCGUGGCCUAACCCCAGUCCAGAGACCGUGCUGUUCUUCAGCGGACGGGUCGAACCACCUCACAACAGCCAGGAUGAUCUCAGAGACGACCUGUCCGUCAACUCCUACUGCCGAAUGGAGACGGAUGACGACAGGGAUGAGUUGUGUGCCCAGGAGGGGCAGGCUCUGCUCUGUCUACCGGCAGAGUCCUCCACCCAGCUGGGGGAGGGGCCCGAGCCGAGCGAGACCUCACACGACAGCAUUCGCUCAUCUGACACGGCCCGGCUUCGGCGUUCCUGCCAGCCUGCACACAGUCGCACCAAACACCACUCUGGAUCCAACGUGAGCUUCAGCCACGACACUGAGGGAGGCGAGGACGACCAGGCCCAGGACUUUGCAAUGGGCUGCCCAGAGGCAGAGGCAGAGGACUUUGUGUGUGACUACCACCUGGAGAUGCUGAGCCUGUCACAGGACCAGCAGAACCCAACCAGCAUCCAGUUUGAUCAUCUCUCCUGGCAGUGCCACCUGCCCUCCCUCAAGCCACUGGGCCUCAACAUCAUGCUGAACCUCUGCAACGCCAGCGUCACCCAGCAGCUCUGCCGCUUCUCUGACCACCUGUCCAACCUGGCUCUGCAGGAGAGCCACGGCUCUGUACUGCCUGUCUACGUACCCUGGGGACUCUGUGAGCUCUCCAGGCUCAUAGGAUUCACUCCCGGUGCAAGGGAGCUGUUCAAACAGGAGAACCACUUGGCUCUGUACCAGCUGCCAUCUGGAGAGAAAACCAAGGAGUUAACCUCCCGCCACCUUCAUUACUUCACCAAACGCCAGCCUCCCAUGUCCCACCUCAUCUCUCUGUUCGUACGAGACUCCUCCUCCAAUAACAUCCAGAUGCUGUCACAUGGCUCGGCUGACCUCAUCCUGGAAGCCUGCACUGACUUCUGGGAUGGAACUGAUAUCUACCCCCUGUCGGGCUCAGACAGAAAGAAGGUCCUGGACUUCUACCAGCGGGCCUGUCUGUCAGGUUACUGCUCAGCCUUUGCCUACAAACCCAUGCAAGUGUCACUGUCAAGCCAACUCAAUGGGAAGUGUGUAGAACUGGCCCCCGGUCCCAGCCUCUUCUCUGGAGUGGAGCUGCCCUCCACCAAAUACAACUCCUGUAGGAACAGCUGGAGCUCAGAUGAGGGUAUAGGUGAGGGGGUGGAGCGUGAGGACUGCGUCCAGGCCCUGAGUGGGCAGAUCUUCAUGGGAAUGGUGUCGUCUCAGUUCCAGGCGAGGCUGGACACAGUCCGGCUUAUCGAUGCCCUGGUCACAGCUUGCAUCCGCUUUGUUUACUUUUCUAUGGAGGAUGAGCUCCGCAGCAAGGCCAAGCUACCUCGUGGGAUCCACCAGGUCCGUCCUCAUCUGAAGAACAUUGAUAAUGUGCCUCUUUUGGUGCCACUCUUCACUGACUGCACCCAUGACACCAUGUGUGAGAUGAUGAAGAUCAUGCAGGAGAACAGGGAGGUUACAUGCUGUCUGGGAAGCUCCGCCAAUUUCCGCAUCAGCCGCCUGUUCCUACAGAGUGACAUCAGCAUCGCUCUGGACCCUCUGUACCCGUCUCAGUGUUUGUGGGAGACGUUUGGCUAUGCCACCGGAGGAGGCUUCAACGGAGACGCUGAGGGUCUGUCUCCUCUGAGGCUCUCAGGACAGCUCAACAGUCUGGGCUGCUCUGUCACCUUCCACCAAGGAGAGAGCGUCAGCAUGGUCAAGCUCAUAGAGCAGGCGCGACACACGACCUAUGGCAUCCGCAAAUGCUUCCUCUUCCUGCUGCAGUGUCAGCUCAGUCUGGUCAUCAUCCAGUUCUUAGCCUGUCUGGCUCAGCUUCCUCCUCCAAUGAACACCACUGACAUCCUCUGGCUGUCCUGCUUCAGCUGCCCACUUCUAAGUGUGUCACUUCUGGGGAAGCCUCCAGACAGUUCAGUCAUGGCAGUUGCCACAGGGAAGAACCUAGAUUUCAUUCCAAGAAAGACCCAGAACUACUUCCUUGGCUGUUUCCUGUUGAAGUUUGCUCUGACAGUGUGUGCCUACCUGUUGGCCUUUGGGUUUACGCUGCAGGAGGUCUGCCUAAGCAGAGGCAACAACACCUUAGCUGACAACACCACCAUCACCUGCCACAUACUCACAGCCAGCUCUUCAGACGAGGCUCCUCAGUGGUUCAGUGAGCUGUCUAAUGGCCUGCUGCUGACUCAGAAGGUCAUGGCAGGGUUCCUCGUCUUACACACAGUGGUGAUCUCCCUCAGCUACGUCCACCGCUCUCAGCCUCUGUGGAGAAAGAGUCCGUUCAGCAAUACCUGGUGGUGUCUCACUGUACCUGUGGUGAAGGAUGAGCUGCUCUAGGGAAUCACCAGAGG